CAUUUUUUUUCAUUUACUUUCAAGUAGUUUUACUAAGCUGACUAUUUCUUUAACUGUACAAUUGAAACUCUUUUAUCCAAUGUGUAUAAUUAGACAUUUAAUAAAAAAAACAGUUUGACUUUGUAGAUACACCACUUUCAAAAUACCGCUUUGACCAUAUUUCAAAAUGUCUGUCUCUCGAAGAUAGCGUUGAUGUCAUUAUUCAUGCCUACCAGCUUAAUUAUUUAUUUCGUGCUUGCCAAGUUGACUGGGUACGUUAUGUUGGGGCUUAGUUUUGUAAAUGUCGCGUUACCUUUUUCAUUGAAUACGUUAACUGCAUGAUGUCAUAAUAAUAGCAAGGUGCUCCAUUUUCUAUUGAAAUUUAACAGGGAUUAUUUUGGCUGCGCACUCCGUUGUUGUUUUUUACAACUAAUCUUUGACUAUAAACCAGUUGUGUAUAUUCACAUAUGUUGCAUUUCCAGUUGCGAAUUAACGGUUUCCCGGCAUUAUAUCAAGAUUAAAUAUUCAGUGAGUACAGAGGUGUAAUAGAAAAUAAGAAAGAAUGUACAGUUUUAGAUGUAGAGAAAUACUUUUGAUCAUCUUACUACAAGUUUUUAUCGUCUGCAUAUUUUUGAAGCCAACUAUUUAUUUCACAUCAGUUGAAUCAGCUGAAUUUGUAAACAACACUAGUCGUAUUGACAAAUCACAAAGACGAAAGAAGAUAAAUCAACAAUUCUCUGAUACAGGCCAACUCGAUACAAGAAAACAUCAACAUCAUACAGAUGAAAGACAAAAGGUGGACAGAAUUUCAUUCUUGAAAGUUCAAAAGAGCGGAUCAAGCACAGUUGCGUGUAUUUUCAUCAGGUUUGGAAUAAACAAUAACCUAUCCAUGUUUUUGCCUAAGCAAUCUUCAGUUUCCAAAAAGAAACAAGAACUACUUUUAAGAGAUAAAAGGCAUUAUAAUAUUUUCAUUAUACAUACGCAUUAUAAUUAUAAUUUCUUUACUCAUAUUGUCCAUAACCCUACAAUUAUUGGACUCAUUCGGAGACCAGAAACGAGACUCAUUAGCCAUGCUUUCUUUUUCGGACUGGCCAAGAAGUUCGGUUUGAAAGGACUUAGUGAGCAAGAUUUCAUCAACGAAGUGGUGAGAAAUACUUCAAAAUAUGGUGUUCAAAACAGAAUGGGAACGUUUUUUGGUUUGGAUGAUCCAAGUAUACCCGAACAGUAUCUGCGACAGCAGCUGGUCAAACUAAAUUCUGAGUUCACUUUGGUGCUUAUUUUAGAGAGGCUUGACGAGUCUCUCGUUAUUCUUAAGCGACUUCUUCGGUGGUCAAUUUUCGACAUAAUUUAUGCGGCAAAGAAGACAAAACAUCAUUAUGGUGUCCAUUUAAAUGCGAGUCAAAUAAAACAUUUGGAGUUUACGAAUAAAGUUGAAUAUGCUAUAUACAAUUUCUUUUAUGAAGAACUUGAAAGAAAAAUUCAGACAACCGGGAAUGAUUUUCAGCGGGAAGUUGCACAGUUUAAGUAUGUUCUAAAUCAGACAAGAGAAUUUUGCAACUUAACAAGAGAAAACCAGGAGCCCUUUUACACUUUUCCGGCAUCGAAAUGGGACGAUAGUUUUACACUAUCUAAAAAAGACUGUAAGAUCAUAUUUAAAAAAGAUGUUACCGGGCUUAAAAACCCGGGACCACCAAAUGAAACCGUCUUAUUUGACUUUUUAAAACAGUUUGGCAGAAAAUCAAGAAAUGCCAUAUGUGUUGCCGCUGAUUCAGAAGUGUUGAAACAAAGGAAACCUCAUAUCAUUAACCAAACAAUUGUUCAUGUAGAAAGAUUAGGGACAUUUAAAAGCACAAAAAUAAGAAGCUUAUGA